CUAGGACCUUUCGGACCCAAGGCUUAGUGGAACCGAAUAGCUGUCAAACGUCAAAGGACUUCUGGAACAUACAGCUAUAUCGAUCGUUCAGAGAUAAACAUGAGUACCAGCACCGCCGCGGUCGGAAGCAAUAGCGCACCCGCAAUUGGCGGGAGCUUGCCCACAGAGACUGUGGAUUUCGCCCACCGCAUGUUCGAUGCUGCACGAAAUGGCGAUAAAAUACUCUUGGAGGCAGCUGUUGGUGCUGGGUUACCCGUCAAUCUAACCAAUCCACAAGGAAAUACUUUACUCAUGCUGGCAGCAUACGCUGGACAUGCUGAAGUUAGCAAGUUCCUUGUUGACAAAGGCGCAGAUGUGAACCGCUUGAACGAUCUUGGUCAAUCUCCCUUGGCCGGCGCUGUUUUCAAAGGUUACGAUGAUGUAGUGCGCGUGCUAUUCGCUGCAGGCGCGGAUCCUAGGUCAGGAACGCCUACUGCCAUUCAAACAGCCCGCAUGUUCGGAAGGACGGAUUUGUUGACCCUGUUAGGAGCGAACGAGGAGGAUAUGAAGGAGAAUGUUCCACUACCACCUGGUCCACCGCCAACUUCGGGGUAGGCGGACUCUAGUUAUGCCGUAGUGUCUCGCAGCCCUCAAAAGUUAAUUUCCAACCAUCCAUGAUUGCGUGAUGCAUCCAUUAUGAUAUGUACAGUAAAGAUACUCCGGAAUAGUCUGUGAACGAUAGAUCUAUUGUAC